AGUCUUUGUGAAACACCGACCUUUGUAACAACAACAGCAACGACAAAAGAAGGCGAUACCACAUCCACAUUGAACUUUCCAGAAACAACUGAGGAUACUAGGACAAUACCAAAAGCAACUACAACAGAAGGCCAUCCCACAUCGAAAAUUCCAGAAACAACAGAGACUUCUAGUACAAAACCAAAAGUUGAUCAACGAGUCCCGGUUGUGGAGAUUUCUGCUAGCGUUUCAGCACUUAUCGGUUUUGGAAUAUUAAUCGUCAUUAUUCUGAGGAAGAGGGGGUGGCUACGUUGUUUUGAUGAUAGUAAAAAGGAAAACAAAGAUCCUCCAGUAGAGUGCACAAAUACAGAUUAUACCGAGUCACAAGGUUAUUCCAUGACUGAAGACAUGCCAACUAAAAUCAAAACUUCAGAAAAAGGCCAAAUGAUGUGUGACUAUGUUGAUGUUAACAAUAUGUCUGAUACUAAAAACAAUCCACGCAAUAUUCAACAUACUGCUAAUGUACACAACAACGUCAACCAGGAACUAGAAGUAUAUGACCAUCUUAAACAUCUCGGCAUCCAAGGCCACGACAUUUCUCAACUAAUACACGACUAUGAUUCCUCGACCGCCACAUUCAGUGAAAAUCAGGACGACACAUAUAACCAUUUGUCAAUGAAUGAACGCCCUAGUCAUAGACGGAAUACAGAUAAUGUUUACGGAGUACAGAACAAAGGCGAACUUGAUCAGAUAUAUAACCAACUGAAUGAGCGACCUGAACGGAAACACACUUUGGAAAACAUUUAUGGACUACAGGACAAAAAUGAAACUGAAUAUGACACAACAGUCGAGACACCAGUCACGUGCAAAGAUAGGUCGGAAAAAACUACUGGUGUAAACUAUGAUAAGGUUAACAAAAACUGGUAAUUAUAUAAUGUAGACACGAUACAUGUCUACUACUGCUAUUUAACAGUGUCAUUCAUAAAUUGUGAAUAAAAAAGUAGUUUUCGUAUAUUUUUGUAAAAAAUGUUUUCUUAAUUACUUUCGAAAAUUAUUUAUCCAUAUUGCAGAGUAUGCAUAUUUUCUCAUGUGUUAACAACAUGUUAACCAAGCCCCAAUCUUGAACAAAAUUAAGAGAUUUGGAUUCAUUUAUCCGCAGAAUAACAAGGAAUUUCAACAUUAUAUAUGUAUUACUCUUUCUAACGUGUAUUUUUACGUGUAUUUUAUUGAUCAAAAGCAUCACUCAAUAUUCGCAAAAGCAAUUCUAGAGAACAACAUGUAUUUUGAGCUUUACUUAAUUAUAUUGUUCCUAUCCUUUUUUAUGAAAUAAUAUCAAAAGAUAUUUAUCAUCAACAUCUAUGAGAAAAUGGGCUAAAAUGUAAUUAAAAAACAACAGAUAUUUAAGAUCUUAAAACAGUACAUGUUGUUAUGUGGUAAAUUGAUUGUAUGUAAUAUUUUUUCGAUAUUCGGGCCAGGUUUGAGGAUGUUUUUCUUGGCACCAUGUCUUUGUCCUAAAUUACAAAAACUUAUAUUUCGGCUAAUUAUAUUUGUAUUCCGUUUUAUGAUACGAUACCAAACGCUACAGUAAGACGAUGAUUAAAACUGUUUUCAUCAUUUCUUGUUAAAACA